AUGAGUUAACUAUAAUAGAAGCAGUAAAUGUAGAAUGGAAAUAUGCAUGAAUUACAGAAUGUAAACGGAAAUGAUCAUGAAGUAGAGAGAAAUAGAGUUAUUGAAUCAAUCAGAUAGCAAAUAAGCGAGCUAGAGGCUAAGGACGUGUGGUUGAAAAAAUAAAAUCAAAAAACAAAAGAAUUAAGCAAAUGGAAAGGAGAAGAUAAAUGUAUGUGUCAAAUAUUUUGA